AGAGUUGGGGGACGAUGAAGGUCUGUCAGGGAGGAAUGAGUGGGGCAGGUAUGAAGCACGUGGUGAAACUGAAGCUGAUGAGCAGCUCUUCUCUGGAUCUUAAUGAUCCCACUAUACAAGAAGAGAUCCUGAAACAGUUAAAGCAGAAGCUGGUCAACCAGGAAGAAAAAGAAAACUUCAAGCUGAGUUGGAGGAAACAAUCAGAUGGGAGCAUCUUCUAUACAGAGAAGAAGAAUGAGGAUCUUUAAAGGGGAACAGUUGGCUAUAUGAGAGAUUUUUCUUUUCCUUUGGGAUUAUUUUUAAAUAAAGGCCAAAUUUAUCUGAUUAGUAACGCUACUUUUUUAGGAAUAAAAUGACAUGCUAGCAUAACAGCUUAGAG